AUGGCGACCAAGGUUUUGCAAUCCGAAUUCUUUUGGCCCACACUCUUUAAAGAUGCUCACCAAUAUGUGCUACACUGUGAUCAAUGUCAGAGGAUGGGAGGUCCCUUCCCUUCGUCUUUUGGCAAUGAAUAUAUACUAGUGGCUGUUGACUAUGUUUCUAAAUGGGUUGAAGCAAUGGCUACCCCGCAUAAUGAUGCUAAGACUAAGGUGAAGUUUCUAAAGAAGAAUAUUUUCUCAAGAUUUGGGGUGCCCAGAAUUCUGAUUAGUGAUGGAGGUACACAUUUCUGCAAUAAUCAAUUACAGAAGGUUCUGAAACAAUAUAAUGUGACACACAAAGUAACAUCACCUUAUCACCUCCAGAUCAAUGGGCAAGCAGAAGUAUCAAACAGGGAGUUGAAAAAGAUUUUGGAGAAGACUGUAGCUUCUACUAGAAAGGACUGGUCCAUCAAAUUAGAUGAUGCUUUAUGGGCAUACAGAACAACAUUCAAGACUCUGAUAGGAUUAUUCCCAUUUCAGAUGAUGGCAUCUAAGAAAAGGAAGGCUCCUUCUACACCUACCCAGGCUAGAUAUGACAGAUCCAAGUUCACAUCUCAAGAGGCUUGGGAGAGCAGCAUAGACAUUGCUACUGUGAAGGAAUUUUACGCUAACCUCUAUGACCCCGAGGAUAAAUCACCUAAGCUUGUGAGGGUGAAAGUGACAUUUAGAGGGCCAAGGAAGGCCAGUGGUAAGAGAUCAGAGGUCUUCACUACUUCAGCACCACCAGAGACAGCAACUCCUUCUUCUUCCAUAGCUCCAGUACCUCCCAUUCAGACUCCAAUUAUUCCUCCAGCAUCUUCACAGAUACCACUUCCAGCUCCUUUAUCUACAAGACUUUCAAAUUUUUCAUUUACACCACAGAUGCUUUAUUCCAUGCUCCACAGCUUACACAGGGGGCAGUCCAUUAUCAUGCAGAGCCUUCAGGGCUUAAGCUUGCCAUCCAUCAUGAGCAUGGAUGAGUUUGAUGUGCAGGUGGCCUAG